GCUCACUCGUCCUUUUUGUUUUCGAAACCGAAACAAAAAACUCUCUCAGUUCAGUUCAGACCUCCGAUCCCCCCUCAUCAAACAACAACAAUGUCUGCCCCUCGCGUUGCAUUCCAGUCGCACGAAAAGACCGGCAAGGACAACUACUUUGUGUUUGUCGAGAGCUCGGAUGCCGUGAACAAGUGGCGCAAAGACAAGUCGGUGGCCCUCGUCGACGUUGUCAUGAAGCACAGCGUUUUUGUUCAUCGCGGUGACGUGAAGGGCGAGGCGAGCACUCCAACCAAAGCCGACCUCGAAACUGUGUUUGGCUCGUCCAAUGAAACCGCUGCCAUCGAGUUCAUCUUGACCAACGGCAAGUUUGAAGGUGGCCAUGAAUCCAAGCACGCCAGUGGCUUUUACAGCCGCUAGAGCGCGACACGAUUUCGCCAAAAACGACGCACAAUCAGACUUUGUUAUUCGACUUCCACCGCUGGCUCACUUUCACUCUGUGCUUCCUUUCGUCACGCCCGGCUACUGCAUUUUGAUAUAUUGCUACAAUGUUGCAUGAUCGGCUUGUUGGGUUGUUGUUUGAGGCCUGCUCUGUAGAUCCAGUAGAUCUAUGGUUUGUGUGUCUGCGUUGUGUGGAUUUGAUUGUGUGCUCGUUGUGUGCUCGUUGUGUGCUCGUUGUGUGCUUGUGGCGUGGAUUUGAUUGUGUGUAUAUAUACUCGUGGCUUUCUCGACAUUGCGAGAGACGGCCAAAACGAAAACAACACUGUUGUCCAAUAUUCACUGCAACCUUGAUCCCUCCA